AUUCAGCCUUUCCUUGAUAUUCUGCUGCGACUGCGAGCUCAAUUUUGUUUUCGGAAGCAGGAGAGAUAAACGCGACUUAUAUAAAAUAUUUCUUCUUAGUUGGAAGGCUACGUUAUUCCACCAGAGGUAGGCUGACAAGGGUUAACAAUUGCUAGCAAGACGUUAGCAAAGACAAGAGCCAUGCAAAACGAUCCUUUGGUGUCCGUCACAAAUGUCGAGGUCUUGGGCCCGAAAACAAGAAACAGGGAUUUCUUGAAAUGUGUUGGUGACUUGAUAGGUUCAAGGCUGGGCAAAACAAAGAGAAACAAAGAGACGGACUUUGGGAAUAAAGCCUAUGCAUAUUUUGCAUGUAAAUGUGUGGCCAACAAUGACUUCGUAAGUUUGCAAGAGCUUCUAAAAGUGGUGGACAUUGACACCUCGGACUACAAUGGCCAGACACCUAUCCACAGGGCAUGUGAAAUGGGCAACAUUGGUAUGAUGAAGUACCUCAUCACCAAAGGAUGCUCGUAUAAUCUCGCUGAUGUUCAAGGAAACACCCCCAUGACCCUUGCCAUCAUGAACAACGACGUUAUCAUGGUGAGGACCUUGCAGAUGUUGGGAGGAGCCGUGUACCUGGAGUCUGUUAGGAUCGGCAUGGAGCUGUGCAAGGCGACGCAAGCCAGGGAUUACAGGAAACUACAGGCCUGGUUCUUCGCAGGCGUUGACAUGGACCAGGGGGAUUACAAUGGGAGGACAGCCAUGCACACAGCUGUGCGUAACAGGGACGCUAUGACUGUGUCCAGACUCCUGGAGUACGGUGCUACGCCCCUGGAGGAAGACACAUGGGGUUGGACGGCACUUGCUGAGGCCAAGAAACACCACCUGACUGACAUCCUCAUGUUGUUCCAUCCACUCUUCACCGAAAAGUUCACCACCAAGCACCUGUACCAGCUGUACAAAUCAGGCAUGGAUGACGCACUGGAGUGAAUCUAGUCACCAGCGCCCCUCAUUUUCCAGUUUUGUGGAGUUGUCUAAAUGCUUCUUUUGAUAAUACAUUGAAUGAAUCGUCAGUGUUGUAUUUUUGUUUAUAUAGUCACAGUUGAGGUUAGUGGACAACACAAGUGCAAUCCUUUUAACACCAAUUCCUUCCCCCUUUCCAGUGCACCAUUUAUACAUAUGCUUAUUUUCUCUCCAAAUGUUUGCAUUUGAAAAAAAAUAAAAAGUGCUGGAAAGGACAA